UCAGUCAUACGACAUCCAUUGCUCUCUUUGUAUCCUCAAACUUUAACCAACACAACAAAAUGUUCAAGCUUUUCCUGUUCGCCUGCUUCCUCGCCGUAGCUGCCGCCAAACCCGGCGUGUACUACACGGCUCCCGUGGCCGCGGCCUACACCGCACCCGUAGCAGCCGCCUACACCGCGCCUGUGGCCUACUCCGCCUACCCCGCGUACUCCGCUUACACCGCUCCCGUCGCCGCUUACUCCGCUUACACAUACGCUUCCCCCUACUCUUACUACCUCCGCCGAUUCUUAUUCGCUUGCUUCCUGGCCGUCGCCGCCGCCAAGCCCGCCAUCGUGCCUGUGGCAUACACAGCAGCGUACACUGCUCCCGUGGCAGCCGCGUACACGGCUCCCGUCGCAGCGGCGUACACCGCUCCCGUUGCGUACUCAGCGUACACCGCACCUGUAGCCUACUCCGCCUACAGCUAUGCUUCCCCGUACGCCGCAUACUACCUUCGUUGAAAAUUUGUUGACUCAGUGCCUGCACGAUUGGAUUGAAAUUCCUAAACGGAUCAAUAAAAAUGGUUGAACAUUAA